AUGAAGAAUACUCGAAAUGGUGGACGCAGUGUACUUCAGGUAGACUGGCUAAGUCAAUUCAAUAAGGAAACAACGAAAACCAACGACAAUUACAACAUGACAUACGACUACGGCAGCAUUAUGCACUACGGCGGAACUAGUGCAUCGUUCAACAAAAGCCAACAAUGGUUCCGUUCGAUGUGGAUUAUCAGCAAACCCUUGGGUCUCCAUUCAUUUCAUUCAUCGAACUUUCAAUGCUCAAUGAACACUAUGGAUGCAAAGAAAACUGCAACAAAGCCACAUCCGUCAAAUGCGAGAUGGGCGGAUUUCCUCACCCACGAGACUGCCAGAAAUGCAUCUGUCCUGCCAUCAACAGGGUGCGGCGAUACAAUUAAAGCUUCGCCUAAUUGGACGACACUUGAGAAUACUGUUGGCCUUGGCCGUGACGAGCAAGAAGACUUUGAGACAUGUCACUACUGGAUUGAAUCUCCUAACGGAACCGAAAUCGAAGUGAGACUUGUGAAUUUCACAAAAGGUCUUUCUGUUGACGGAUGCAGUUACGCAGGUGUAGAGAUCAAGACCAAUGAGGACCAAACGCUCACUGGUUACAGAUUCUGCUCACCUGACGCAGCUGGAACAACUCUUCGUUCUUACACAAACCGUGUUCCAAUAAUGACAUAUAACAGGAUUGUCAAAACGACAACAGUGCUCGAAUACCGACACGGUACUUGUUUACUAUUUCUUCUCUUGAAAUAA